CGAACUAUUUACACGUCGCGGAGAAGUUUGUCCUCACAGAGUUGCCGUAGCUGAGAAAAAAAUGUCAUAUCUUGGGAAAAUAGCAAAGGUGGUGCUGCCCGUGGCAGGGCCUGGGUCCCUUGGCCUGAUGUCUGCCAGUGUUUUUGCAGCAAGCAAGGCCAAAGAAAAUACCACCACCCUGAUGACGGAUGAGCUUUCUCUGUAUGACACUCCUGAGUCCCAGCUGAGGUACGAGGAGCCCGAGGUCGGUCAUGUUGAGCAGGCUGUAUCAUCUCUGAGGAAGACAGUAGAGCCUUUUGUUUCAUGGUGCCAGGAUAAGACACAGUUUGCCAUGGAGAAAGUACAGUCUUACUACAAAACCGUUGAGCCUGGUGUGGAUACCACUCAAAAUAUUGUAAAAGACAUGUAUGCGUUUUUGAACGACCCUCCGUCUGAGUUCUUCCCCAGUGUGGGUGUUAUAGGAUUCUCUGGAAUUCUUGGACUUUAUUUAGCAAAAGGCAGCAGAAUCAAGAGGCUGCUGUUCCCCACUGGGCUGAUGGUUCUGAGCACUUCCAUGUUCUACCCACAGCAUGCGGCCUCUGUUGCCAGGACCACAAAACACUACAUAUUUUCCUGGGGUUCAGAAGGGCGGGUUGUUUUGGAGGAACUGCUGAGAGGGAAAACAUCAUCCAAGCAAAAAGUUGAAAAAACACAGAAAACAGACAGCCAGAAAUCAAGUUGAGACAAAGGAGUAAGUUUUACGAGGAGUUCCCGCUUUGCACCUGGAUUCUGUUCUCUUAUCAAUGUACUGAUCAGUUUAGUGGUAUUUGCUAUACUAUUGUUGGUCAUGUUUACUGGCAUGCAUAUUUGACUGUGUUUUUUGUGCACUAUAUAAUUUACUUUUGUACAUAAAUGCAGCAGUAACCAUUUGGACCAACCCGGGAAAAAA